AUGGCUGGUCGUGGUCGUCGAAGCGACGUAAAUUAUAUCAAACCUCAAGUGCCUAAAUUCAUACAGAAGUUUAAAGAUAAAGUAAAUUAUGUCGAUGAACCGACCAUAAAUACUAAAAAGAAUAUACCAACUUUGGAAGAUUUACAAGAUGAAAUUGAUCGAGAAGACGAACAGCCUGUUGUCGUCUUUGAUCCUAAGGAAGUAACUUGUGAUGAAGCCGAUCGAUUUAAGGAGCAACUUUCUCAAAAAAGGCAACAUGACGACGAAGAGCAUGAAUCUACAAGCGAGGUGUCCGGGACUAAACACGUAUUCAAAAAGAGAGCCAAGAGCAGUGAAAAUUCGAAUGAACGAAAUAAUAGUAAAUUUUCGACGAAAAGUUCGGCUAGUUCGGAUGGAAAAUCUAAAAAGAGUGACAUGAAGAGCAUCAAGAAUACAAAAUUGCUAUCAUUUGAUGAUGAAGGCUUGGAGGAAUAA